ACUGCUGUCCUAUAAACUUUCAACCAUGGUCAUCAUACAUCUCAUUUUGAAUAUAUGUUGGAAACUAAAUCUGGCGGCAAAUACCAGCUUUUGGCUGUUUUUGGUGAAAAGCAAUUUUGAGAAUUGAGCGUUUUGGGAUGUUUCGCGUUUAGAAUGGGUUGAAUAGCGUCUAACCAAUUAAUAAUAAAAAACAAAAACAAAAAACUGUAUUUCUGAAACACGUGAACCAACUAUGUCUAACUUCUUAAUGUCUCUGUGUUGGAGGAGUAAAGCAUUAGACAGAACUGCUGAACAAAGCCCGUAACAAAGUCCCUUUCAAGGAUAAUCUGUUCACUCCACGGUCAUAUUUGCAACGCCUCCGGCGUUAGGUUAUUUAGGAUAACCUAAAUAGCUGCCCGAACUCAACUGUGCUAUUUUAAGACACCGUGAAAUAUGAACUAAAAUGUGCUUUUAAUAUACUAUCUCUGUAUUUAAAAAAAUGUAUUUACUUACUUGUAGUACACUGGGUUCAAGUAAUAUAAGUGGUAACUAAAUAAUUUUUUUUAAAUAGUAGGCUAUAUUAAAAGCACAUUUUAUAUUUCAUGGUGUCUUAAAAUAGCACAGUUAUACUUAGAUGUUCUUAAAAUUAUCUCAAUAUACUAAAAUUUCUUCUUUAGUACUAAUUAAGUACAAAAUUAAUGUGCAAAAAUAGAGCACUUUGUACUAUUUAUCACCUGGGUAUUUGAAUGGGGGAAUCCUGAAAUCUCAAAACCUGCUCAGCAAACUUAUCAUUAAAUAACAUAUUUCAAAUCAGCAACAAAAUCUGAAGUGAUCUGCCCUGUAAACAUUGUUUCUUAGCCUUAAAAGGCUUAUUUUUCAGACUAUAUGAGCCAAAUGUGCAUGUGCAGUCCUAGUGCAAAUCUCAAGUUUCUAUGGGAAUCGAAGCUUAUAUUGGCAGCUGCAGUGAAGCAAUGACUUUAUCAAUCAGCGAUUGGCUCUUUUACCUAGAAGGCGGGACCUAUUCUGCAAUAUUGCACAUUGCAGUUUCUCCCAUUCACAACAGUAAUAAAUGGUGCAUUCCAAAACGGGAUAUAUCGCCCUCUGAAGGGCAUUUCGGAGUGAAAACAAUCAUGGACGCCAUAUUGAAGGGUCUUUCCAAACCAAAGUGCUCAAAACUGGCCACUUCAAAGGGCCCUUCUGAAUGAAGGAUUUCGAAGGGUACAACUGAUGGACACUUUGGACCCCCACGAUCCUUUGGACAGGGAAGUUGUUUGGCGUCACAGAAUGGGUUCUCACUCACUGAUGGCUUUGGCAACAUAUAUAGUUGGACAGACACCAUUUCCUGAGUUCAGUGUUGUGGUGAUGUUGGAUGAUCUGCAAAUACUGUAUUAUGACUCAACCACAUGGAAAUCUGUCUAUCGCUCUCACAGCGAUUCAAAAUACUAUGAUGAAGAGCAAAGUGAUGCUGGUGUUGUAUUUCGUGAUAUGUAUUACGACAUGAAAGAUCGAGCUUUUUAUCUGAAGGAUCACCAAAAUCACACAGACGGUGUACAUGUUCAUCAGAGACUUGUUGGAUGUGAAUUGUUGAAAAAUGGUAAACCAGGUCUACUUCAUUACUGGGAUGCUUUCGGUGGGCAAAAUAUGGAGGAGUUUAUUUUCGACAUAGAAAAACAUGCCAUCCAGAUCAAAAUGCCAUGGGUGAUAACAUGGGACCAACUAAAACGACUUCAUGAAAACUUUAUGUAUGAAAAUGUGUAUCAUCCUAUUUGCAUUAAAACUUUGCGAAGGUACCUGAAUAUGGAAAAGAACAAUGUGAUGAGAAAAGUGAAACCCAGAGUCAGACUCAUGAAGAAGACACUCCCAGACUCUCAAGGGCUUCAGAUGAGCUGUCUGGCCACUGGUUUUUACCCCCGUCACAUUAACCUGACUCUGUUCAGAGAUGAUCACCCUGUGGAUGAUGAUCAGAUCACAGGAGGAGAGAUUCUGCCCAACGGAGAUGGAUCUUACCAGAUGAGGAAGAGUUUGGUGAUCAGCGCAGAAGAACUUCUUGAAGGACAUAAUUACAACUGCACAGCAAACUACCUCAACCUGGACAACAAACUGGGCAUUACAUUUGAUGUGGCUGAAUCUGACUCAGGAUCCUUCAGUCUGUCUGUAGUUAUCAGUGUGGUGUUACUGUGUGUGGCUGUUCUCUUCAUAACUGCACUCAUUAUAUGGAGGAAGAAGACACAUUCUGCUGGUUCAGUUACCAGACCAUCAAAGAGUCAUUAUGUCCAUACUCCAAUGCAAGAUGCUACAUGAAAAAUGUGCCCAGAUGGACCCAAAUUCUGAAGAAAUAUACACACAAUAUUUGGUCUCAGGUGGAUGUCAGACUCUCUUAUUGGAGUCUCUGAUGAGACACUGUGGAAAGUUGCAGAAAGGAGAACAGUCAUCAAACUGAUUUCUUUUGUGGAGAAUUCACUUCUGUGUGCCACACUGCGCAGAAAUAAGAGUGACUGCACAAAAGGACUGAAAACCACUUAAGACUUAAACCACCAUGAUAGGUUUUCUGACAAAAUGUUGCUCUAGAAACCCCUUUCUAAAUGUGCAAACAUUACAAACGGAAAAACAAUUUGCAUAAACUGUUAUGUUCAAGAGUUUGUUACAUGUAACACUAUGGCUUAAUGCAGAUAUUAAAAUCAUCUCAUUCAGCUAUAAUAUCUGAGUCUAUUAAAAAAAACUUACAGCACAAUAGAAACUUCUAAAAAAUAUUGUUGUUUUCUGUUAUAAACUUAUUUUUAGUAUAUCAAGUGAAAACAGACACCUGGAAAUGAAGGUUUAUUUUUUUGAUAAUUUUGCUUGUAUAGAAGACAACCCAGGUGAAAAAAAGUACACUUCUACAAUGUACUUAAAGUGCUCUAUUUUUGCACACUAAUUUUGUACCCAAUAUAAACUAUCUCUGUAUUAAAAAAAUUAUUUAGUUACCACUUAUGGUACUACAUGUGGUAGGCUAGUAAUUUUUUUUUACAGAGAUACUAUGUUAAAAGCACAUUUUAGUAUAUAUUUCAUGGUGUCUCAAAAUAGCACAGUUGAGUACACUUAGAUGUUCUUAAGAUUAUCUUAUGAAGUACUAAAGAAGAAUUUUUAGUAUAUUAAGUACAAAAUUAUUGUGUGAAAAUAGAGCACUUUAAGUAGGCUACAUUAUUUUCACCUGGGAACAUAAGUAAAAAUGUGCUAUCUUACCCUACUCUCCCCUAGUAAAAAUUUGGCCAUAUUUACAUUGGACAUGUUAAAAAACAUUUGAUUUGGUGCAUUAAAUUAUAUUUUCAUUACAUUUAUGCAUUUGGCAGAUACUUUUAUCCAAAGGAAUUUGUAGUGCAAUCAAGUUUUUUUUUUUUUUUUUUGCCAGUAUGUGUGGCAAACCAUGAGCAUUACUAGCCAGUGUUGGGGAAAGUUACUUUUAAAAGUAAUGCAUUGCAAAAUUGCAAAAACUCCUUAAAAAAAACUAAUUGCAUUACUUAGUUACUUUUUAUGAAAAUUAAUGCAUUAUGGUUAAGGUCAGCAGCAAAGAAACUGCUUAAUAAAGUGAGAUACAUAAAGGAUACAUUAAGGGUGUUCGUGUAAUUUAACGUUUAAUUAUUGCAGGUCAUAUUCUGAAUUUGAAUUUUACUGUUUUUGAUUCAUUUUGAGGAAUACAGACUAUUUUUGUGCAAGUGAGAUGUGUAAAUGCCUGCUCACAUCAGUAUAACUACAAUAACCAUCUUGUUCAUACACAACGUGGUACUUACUCUGCGAUUUCUCUCAAUAGGACAGGAGAGCUGUCAGUCAAUACAUGGGAAAACAAAGUAACUUGCGUUACUUAUUUGAAAAAGUAACUUGAAUAUUUUGUUGUAAAAUUUAAAAGUAAUGCAUUAAUUUUCUAGUUACUUGAAAAAAGCAAUCUGAUUACGUAUAACUCAAGUUACUUGUAAUGCGUUACCCCCAACACUGUUACUAGCACUAUUUUUGUUUUUACUGUAUUAUGAGACAAAGAAUCUUUAUCACAGAAAAGCUGCCCAAUAAAACACCUCAAUCUGGACAACAAAAUGGAUAUUAUAUUUGGUUAAAAAUCAUCAAGUGAAAUGUCC